GAGGAAGUGAUGGGCCUAAUUCCGGCCCAUUUUUUUGGGACCUCCAGAGAUUAGCCCAAUGAGUCGAACACAUUUUUUUCUUUAUGUUUCUGGGCCAGUAAGUAUGGACCCAACAACAUUGUUUUUUUUUUUUAAUUUGUUAACGGACCCAAGGAGCCCCGACCCGAAUUACAACCUACAAAUGGGCAUGCAACGCCGAAAGAGGAAACCCUAUCUCUUUCUCAUUGUGCCGCUGGGGGGCUUCGAGAUUUUCUUGGAGAUUUUCAGUUGGAGCUGUUUGGUGAUGGCUCCAAGUCAACCUAAUAUUGGCCUUUUUGUGGGCUUAAACAGAGGACAUGUUGUCACCAAGAAGGAAUGGGCUCCCCGCCCUUCUAAUAGAAAGGGCGAGAGAGUCCAUUUUGUGAGGAGCCUAAUUAGGGAGGUUGCUGGUUUUGGUCCUUAUGAGAAGAGGAUUACUGAACUGCUCAAGGUUGGAAAAGAUAAGCGAGCUUUGAAGGCGGCAAAGAGAAAGUUAGGCACUCACAAGAGGGCCAAGAAGAAGCGUGAGGAGAUGUCCAGUGUUCUCCGCAAGGUCAGCUGGAGGUGGAGAGAAGAAGAAGUGAGUUGCACUCUGCUUGUGCUUCAUAAACGGCUUAAACUCUCGGAUGUGUGGAAUUUUCUUUUCUGUCUUGUUUUGAGAGUUUUGACUUGCUUAUAGAGCUCAAAAUCUUGUAGUA